UCCCUUGUUGUACGUACGUAGUAGCUCUGUUCUCUAUUUUCCCGCCGUCAAAUAAAAUACCAUCUGCUCUGUGGUGGCGUCCAUUCCAAGCUUUCUUUAUCACCACCCUUUCUAAUCUCCGGUGUUAUCAUUUUACGUAUCUUGAGGUGGUUGGAAAUGGAGAAGGCGGAUCGUCGGAGCUUGAGGCAUUGGGGUUUGCUUGUUGGGACAUUAGCAGCAAUGCUUGUUCUGGUUGUUUGCCUGGUUGGUGAAAAAAAAUACGAGAAGACCACCCCGAAGACCACCCUACAAUUAAGAAAAUUACUUCGGAGAGAUCCUAGAACACUAUGCCAGGGCAUGAACAUUCUGAAAAUCCCUAGUAGCCGGAGGAACAUUGCUAGACCACCAAAUCCAGGGUUCAACGUGGUAACAGAGAAUAGUGGGCGGAGGAUUGUUGCAAGAACACAAUAUCGGAUAGUCACCAUGCUAAAGACUCCUAGGCAGAUUACGCUGGAUAAUGGCCUCAUCCAACUCAUAGUUUCUCGUCCCAGCGGAGAUGUCGUUGGAAUAAAAUACAAACGAAGCGACAACUUGCUUGAACCCAAUAAUCUACGAAAUAAUAGAGGGUACUGGGAUGUGGUCUGGAACAAACCGGGAGAUAAUAUAUAUUAUGUUGAUAAACUACAAGCAACAAGAUCUAGAGUUAUUAUGGCAACGGAAGACCAAGUUGAAAUUUCUUUUGUCAAAACAUAUAAUGUUGUUUCCCAGCAGCUUGGUGCCCCCGAAGUUCCUUUGAAUGUAGAUAAAAGGUACAUAAUGCGACGCGGUCGUUCAGGGUUCUAUGCGUAUGCCAUAUUCGAGUGCCUUGAAGGGUGGCCGGAAGUGAAGAUUGAUCAAGUUAGAAUGGUUUACAAGCUUCAAAAAGACAAAUUUCAGUAUAUGGCUUUAUCAGACACUAGGCAAACAUUCAUGCCAAGAGCCAACGACCGUAAACGUGGUCAGCAACUUGCCUAUCCUGAAGCCGUUCGUUUAACCAAACCAAGUAAUCAGGCCCUUAAAGGACAGGUCGAUGACAAGUACCAGUACUCAAUGGAGGACAAAGAUAACAAGGUCCAUGGAUGGAUUUCUACAGACCAUUCGGUGGGAUUCUGGAUGAUCACACCCAGUGAUGAAUUUCGUUCCGCUGGACCCAUGAAGCAGGGCCUAACAUCCCAUGUUGGUCCAACUACCCUCUCGAUGUUUGUUAGUACUCAUUAUGCUGGGAAGCGAGCGGGGAUAGAAUUGAAAAAAGGUGAGGCAUGGAAAAAGGUUUUUGGGCCUGUCUUUGUGUAUCUUAAUUCCGCUCCAAGAUCAAAAAAUACCACCGGUACACUCUGGAAUGAUGCGAAGGAGCAGAUGAUUGAAGAAGUCAAAAGAUGGCCAUACAAUUUCACUCAAUCCAAAGACCUUCCUUCUUCAGAUCAACGGGGAUCGAUUUGUGGUCGACUAAUAGUACAUGAUCGGUACAUGAAUGAGAGCCUUCUUUCGAAAAGUUCUGCAUAUGUGGGAUUAGCUGCACCUGGAGAAGUGGGAUCCUGGCAAACAGAAAGUAAGGGUUACCAAUUCUGGAUUCAGGCUGACAAACUAGGUUAUUUUCUCAUUAAAGAUGUUCGACCUGGGAACUAUAGUCUGUAUGCUUGGGUCCCAGGCAUUGUUGGAGAUUACAAAUAUGAGGCUGAUAUUACCAUUAAACCAGGAAGUAAAAUCAAAUUGGGUAAUCUUACUUAUGAGCCUCCAAGAAAUGGUCCUACCUUGUGGGAAAUCGGUAUCCCCGAUCGAAGUGCUGCUGAGUUCUAUGUACCGGAUCCACAUCCAACUCUCAUGAACAAAUUGUACAAAAACAAUCACUCGGACAACAGGUUUAGACAAUACGGGUUGUGGAAACGUUAUGAAGAGCUAUACCCCCACCAUGAUCUUAUCUACACCAUUGGCAUUAACGAUUAUCGUUAUGAUUGGUUCUAUGCUCAUGUGACCAGGAAUAUUGGAAAGCAAAAGUAUGUGGGAACCACCUGGCAAAUUCGAUUUAAACUUAACAAUGUCAUAAGUCAAGGAAAUUAUACACUCCAAUUAGCAUUGGCGUCAGCUACUUCUUCAGAAAUACAGGUUCGAUUUAACAACCGGAGUAUUGCGCCACCUCAUUUUUCGACGGGGCUAAUAGGAGGGGACAAUGCCAUAGCAAGACAUGGAAUUCAUGGUUUGUAUUGGUUCUUCAGUAUUAAUGUACCAAGUUCUCUGCUACAUGAAGGAAACAACAUAAUCUAUCUUACUCAGUCCAGAGGGGGAGCACCUUUUCGAGGAGUCAUGUAUGACUAUAUUAGACUAGAAGGACCUUCCAUUAGACAUGCAGACACAUAGAUCUUUCUCUGUUUUUCCAACAACAAAUUCUAAAAAUCUUCAAUGUACUGGGCUUGAAUUUUUAGAAUUGAUUCUUGACCCUAACGUUAUCAACUCCCAUAGCCUAGGCCGCAGUGAUAAGAUAUGUAAUAUAUACAUGAAAGACCAGUCGCAUCUGUA